GGAGAGAGCUAUAGUUCAGAAAGGAGGAAACAAGGAAGAAAAGAGAGGAAAAGGAGCAGAGCGUUGAUCAUGAAGGCUCUGUUGCUGCUAGUUUUGCCCUGGCUCAGUCCGGCCAACUACACAGACAAUUUGGGCAACCUGCACAUCCUCUAUUCAGAACUGUGUAAAGGAGCCUCUCACUAUGGGCUCUCAGCAGACAGAAAGCGACGCUCGCAGGAGGGCGAAUGCACUGACAGCACCUCAGAACUCACCAUUGCCACCCUGCCCAAUGAUGGCCCCACUUCUGCUGCUGUGGCCCUCCUGUCAGAUGAACCGGGUCUGGUCAACCCUGCCUUUGAUCCCAGCAUGGAGGAUAAUAGUCAGUCAGGCAGCACGACUAGCCUGGCUGCUCGCAGUAGCACAAAGAAGAGUGAGUUCAGAAAUUUUGAUCGCUCUUCAGUGAGGAGUCGCUCCUUCAGGAGGUUGAACAGGGCCUUCAGCGUCUUGAGGAGGACUAAGAGUGGCAACGCUGUUAGCAAUGAGACAUCUGAGGAAAGAGACAAUGCCAGGAAUUCCAGUGUGCCACAGGAAGUGGUGGCUCUUCCUCAGCUCCAUCACCUGAUCCCUGAUGGCGAAGUUACCAGUAUUAAGAUCACACGGGUGGAUCCCUCAGAGCCACUGGCCAUUAGCAUCGUCGGUGGCAAUGAAACCCCUUUAGUUCGCAUUCUAAUCCAGGAUAUCUACAGAGAAGGUGUCAUUGCUCGGGAUGGACGCUUGCUGCCUGGGGACAUGAUCCUCAAGGUAAACGGCAUUGACAUUAGCAACGUACCCCACUGCUUUGCUGUGACCACCCUCAAACAGCCGUGCCAACUCCUCCGGCUAACCGUGCUCAGAGAACAGCGCCAUCGCUACCGCUCACAUUCGCAUGGCCACCCACAUGGCCACAUCACUGGGGGCCACCCAUCACAUGGCCUACCCCAUCAUCCCUUGAGAGAUGAUAGCAUCCAUGUGGUCCUGAACAAAAGUGCUCAAGAGGAACAGCUGGGCAUUAAGCUCGUGAGGCGGCCAGAGGAGCAUGGAGUGUAUAUCUUUCACCUGCUGGAGGGUGGACUAGCUGCACGUGAUGGACAACUGUGUAUUGGUGACCGUGUGCUUGCCAUCAACGGGCACGAUCUACGUUAUGGCGCACCAGAGCACGCUGCUCUACUCAUUCAGGCAAGUGAAGAGCGCGUCCAUUUCAUAGUGUCUCGUCAGAUCUGCCUGCCCACACCAGACCUCAUACAAGAAGAUCCGUGGGGCAUGGAUGGUCCCCCACCAUAUUCCCCUGUGGAUCUAGAGCAAACACUGCUGGACUCUUGUCAAAAGCCUGCAUGUUAUGAGAAGACAGUAAGUCUAAAUAAGGAGCCGCAUGACUCUCUGGGUAUGACAGUGGCAGGCGGCAUGUCCAGCCGAGGGUGGGACCUCCCCAUCUACGUUACAAAUGUGGACCCUGAUGGAGUGGUGGGACAAGAGGGCUCCAUACGCAAAGGUGACAUUUUGUUAAAUGUGAAUGGCGUGGAUUUGACGGGGGUAACACGAGGUGAGGCCGUGGCGAAUUUGAAGAACACCUCCUCUCCUGUUGUGCUCAAGGUCUUGGAGAUGCGUCCUCCAGAGGACUUUGUGCAAGAUUGCACAUUGCCACCUUGUCUUACGCCAUCACCUACAGACAGCAUCAAGAGCCCGGUGCCUAAUGACGAUUACUCCCCACUGUGGGUGUCAUGGCUGCAGCUACCCAGGCAUCUCUACUGCUGCAAAGACAUCGUCCUGCGGCGGAGCACUUCGGGCAGCCUGGGCUUCAGUAUUGUUGGAGGUCAGGAAGAGGUCAACUGCAAUCAAUCCUUUUUCAUCCGCUCGAUUGUGGAGGGGACACCAGCUUACAAUGAUGGCAGGAUAAGGUGUGGGGACAUCCUGCUUGAGGUGAAUGGAAAGAGUACUUGGGGGAUGACACACACAGCACUGGUUCGCCUUCUGAAGGAGCUCCGUGGCAGAAUCACCCUGACCAUAGUGUCCUGGCCUGGUAGCCUGCUGUAGCAGUGCUUUAAGCCAUCCAGCACUGUUUCGGUGGCAGUGACCAAGGAAUGUCAAAGGCAGAGCUUUAGUCUGGCUGACUACCUAAUUUUGCUGUGAGGGAGAAGCUUAGAAUAGUCGUGUAGCUGUUUGGAUACCUCACGUCUGAUGGACAGCCGUGACUUCGGCAGGAGUUUGGAGGGGGACGGACAUAAGACUGGAUUGUUACCAGAGGUUAACGUGCCCCUCAGAAAAUGCUGAACAGGGAGGAUCCAGGCUUGAGACACUUUUAACUAAGAUGUUGGGUGUUAUCAGUUUAGAGGACAUGAUCAUUCUCUGGCAUCGAGUGGGAGUACCGACAGGAGACACAACAUGUUGCCAAUUCCAGUAGUUAUAUGUUAGGAUAUGCGUUAAGUUGGACUCACAUUUCUCUACUGUAACUGUUGGGUGUCUAAAAAAGAUCCAAGCACUUGUAAUAUGUUUAUUUUGUUUGUUUGUUGUAUGGCCUUUUAAUGUAGGCUUUAUUCUGUUUGUACUGACAGUGGUUGUCAUCUUCAUCUGUUUAUCUGAAGACCACGUUGCCAAGUAGUAGUCUGUGAGGUUUUUUAUGUUAUGUCAGAAGCUAUGGCUAAACUGUCAAACCACUGGCAAAGAAAAUAUGUGAAAAAAAUAAAGGAUUAAUGUGUUCAUAACAUGUUAAAAGAUAUUUAAUUAGAUAACAGUGUGGAGGCCUUACUAAUUUUCUUACAUUUAAGAAAAAAAAAUGACUUGGUUUCUGUGUAUCAGUGGAAGGGCUGAGGCCCAUCUACUGCAGUUCUAUCUGUCACGCUUCGGCCUGUGUAGUAUAUCUGAUGGUACAUUUGGUUAACUGAUCAAUAAAAUCAUUUGAAAAAUUG